UCUCAACUUUGAUUCUCUUGCUCCCUUAGGCUGCUUAAGAACCAUAUCAGUGUACAACACCAUGCAUCAUAAAGGUUAAAGUCUUUCAUGAGCUGUUCAUGUAGGCAAGUUCAACCCCGGACUUCAGAAAGAACCGAGCAAUCUAUCAGACCAGUAUCGGAGUCUAAGUACUCUCUUUCAGUUUCUGGCGAUGGUGAAGCCCAGAGAUCGGAGGGUACUGGCCGCAGAUAUGGUGGCUGGAUCACCUUUCCGUUCAUAAUGGUUACAUUAUUAGGCCUCACGGUUACUGCUUGGGGAUGGUUAUUGAACUUGAUCGUCUUCUUGAUAGAAGAAUUUAACGUGAAGAGCAUCGCUGCUGCUCAGAUUUCUAACAUUGUCAGUGGUUGUAUCAGUAUGUUUCCUGUCAUUGGAGCCAUUGUCGCUGACUCUUUCUUCGGCACUAUUCCUGUUAUCUCAAUUUCUGCUCUCAUUUCUCUGAUGGGCGUCGUUCUUCUGACUCUUAUUGCGUCCCUUGACUUCUUGAGACCUCAACCGUGCGAAACAACAUCAAGCCUAUGUGAAUCCCCGACAAAACUCCAGUUUGGGAUCCUAUACGCUGCGUUAACUCUGGCAUCCAUCGGGACAGGUGGGACAAGAUUCACCUUGGCAACAGCCGGAGCAAACCAGUAUGAUACACCUAAAGAUCAAGGAAGCUUCUUCAACUGGUUUUUCUUCACAACAUAUCUAGGCGGUGCUAUAAGUGCUAUCGCUGUUGUUUAUGCAGAAGACAAUGUUAGCUGGAAAUUCGGGUUUGGUCUCUGUGCUGCUGUGAAUUUGGUAAGCUUGGUCAUUUUCAUGUCGGGAAGAAGAUUCUACAGACACGACAAGCCUCUGGGGAGUCCCUUCACAAGCCUACUCCGUGUCGUAAUUGCCGCCAUACUGAAAAGAAAAGCUGUGAAUUCUUUAAAAGAAGGAGACUAUCACCACGAGGUUGGUGAAAAGGCCAAGACCGCAGUCACAAUGCCCACAAAGAGUUUGAGGUUCUUGAACUGUGCAGCCCUGAAGACGAGAAAUGAUAUCAAUCCAGAUGGCUCAAUUCGCAAUCUGUGGAGAAUAUCCAGUGUUGAGCAGGUAGAAGAUUUCAAAGCUGUGGUCCGAGUUCUUCCUCUGUGGUUAGCCACCAUAUUCCUCAGCACUCCCAUCGCCACACAGCUUAGCUUGAUAGUGCUGCAAGGUCUAGUGAUGGACCGCAGGCUCAACCCGCACUUCAAAAUCCCGGCAGGGUCUCUGCAGGUGAUAACACUCAUCUCCACUUGCGUAUUUCUCACACUCAAUGACCGGUGGCUCUUUCCUCUGUAUAAGAAACUGAUCGGCAGGUCUCUAACCCCGCUUCAACGAGUCGGGAUUGGCCAUGUGUUCAACAUCCUAAGCAUGGCGGUUUCCGCCAUAGUUGAAGCCAAGAGACUGCAGAUCGUACGAAAUGGUCAUCUACUGGUUUCAUCUGUUGCUCCGAUGUCAGUCUUGUGGCUGUUCCCUCCGCUUGUGAUUGUCGGAAUUGGUGAAGCCUUUCAUUUCCCCGGGAACGUAGCCUUAUGCUACCAAGAAUUCCCAGAGUCGCUGAAGAGCACGGCGACGUCAAUGACAUCCGUCGUGAUCGGAAUUUGCUUCUACGUGAGCACAGCUCUGAUCGAUCUCAUCCAGAGAACCACCGAAUGGUUACCAGACGACAUUAACCAUGGCAGAGUUGAUAAUGUCUACUGGGUUUUGGUCAUUGGAGGAGUUCUCAAUCUCUGCUAUUUCCUCGUCUGUUCUUCGUUUUUCCAUUACAGAAACCUCGGAGACGACGAUCAUGGACAAGACACUGUCUCUGGUUCUAACUAAUACGCCGUGGGGAAAAAAAAAACAUGUCACGGCCGAAAACAGAGCAUUGUUCUUGUUUUCUUUGGCGUUUCUGUGAAUCUGUAAAUGUCGGAUUUUAAACUGUCUUGGUCAUGUUUUAAGUGAAUAGUAUUGUAUAGUUCAAGGAUAUGGAUCUUCGAGUUGUCCGUCAGAUCCGUGUAACUCGGACUGUUCCGUUGUAACAUCCAUCACCCUCUUUCUCAUUUCGAAUGUACUUUCCA